UCACACUCAAAGCACGGCAAAACUUUUUUGACAGAAAUUGUGCUGAUAAAUUAUAUUGUAAAAUCACUUUAUAAGCCCCUAGAUCAAAGCACUUCUGGAAACAAAGCUCACACGCGGAUAAAUUUAUAACAUCAUCAAAAUUCUCGUUGAGCUGAAACAAGAUACGUUUUGUAAAACUAAUAAAGCCAUGUUUCUGGACGCUUUUGGGAACCCCAAGGAGGUGACAGCCGACAAUCUAAACAGCUAUUCUUAUGAUCUGCAUGGCACUAAACUGCUGACAUCGGCGGAGGUUGAGUUCUUUAUGCCGCCAAAUUGGCAUGGUACUAUCUACAGUUCUGAUGAGUUGCUGUAUAGCUAUAGAAAGCGAUUUAAUCCGGAUCCAACUCUGCUGAGCUUCCAUUCCCUGCAACCCUACGAACCCGAGUUCAUUUGCUGCAAGAAUGCUGUUGUGGAGUUGACGCUUUUGCCGGCUGGCCAAAGUCUCUACAGCGAUAAGGAUAUCGUGGUUUUUCUGGUCAAGCAGCCAGCUGAUGGAAGAAAUGUCCUUAUUACAAAGGAACUGGGCUCUGAGCUGAACUUCUUCCCCCACAACCAUCACUAUCAUGCCAGGAUCAUGGACGAGGGCAUCGAUGUGGUCUAUGUGGAUGACAAGAUCUACAAUGGAAAUGGUCCCCUUGGCUAUCAGCACCAGCGAUUGUACAAUGUACUGCGGAAUAUCCAGCCGGGUGCAGUUCUCAGCCUUUCGGGUCGUCCUUUGCCCGAUGUCCUGCGCAGUGUCUGCCGAAAACCAGCCAAGGAGCACAAUUGAGCAGAGGUAUCUCCUCCCCCCAAAAAAAAACCAUAUCCCAUGCCCCCAACAGUUCGGUUAAUAAAUUUGUGACUCCAAUGGAGA